AGACAGUAUGAGGAGGGGCAAGGCAACAGGCAACUGGAUGUAUAUAUAUAGGGGGUCCGGGGGGAUGUAGAUAGAAACGUGAGAGAAGGAAUAAUGUAUGAAUGCAAGCAUAAUCAUAGUGUAGGAGUUUGGUCUCGUGAGAGAAAAACAAGAGUUGAAGCCAAGAAUUAAAGCAGCUGAAUAAUGAUAUAUGGAGAAAAGCAAUGGUUUCAAGAAUGAGCACCACCACCACCAUCAUACAUAUAUCUAUAUUCAUCACUCGCAACAGCUCCAGACAAAAGAUCCAUAUCCCACACACACUCUAUCAUAUAUAUAUGUAUAUAUAUAUAUCUCUGCUAACAUAACCGCACCAACUCUUCAUCCACUCCUCAUUCCGUUUUGAUCAGCUGCCACAAUAACCACGUACAGUACUAUCAUCACACCCCCCCACACACAAAACAUCUCUCACUCUCUUUCUCUCUCUCUCUCUCGAUCUCCACAUUGUUUGUUUUCCUUAUGAGAAGAUUAGCAAUCUUUACAAAAACCCAUCACUUCCCUUACAAAAACAACUACACCUUCCUCUCCCUCUCCUCUUCAAAUAAGCCCUCCUCCAGGUGGGCUCACAUGUCCACCCCCUCCGUCGUCCGCCGCCACAGGAAAAUCAUUGUCAUUAUGGGCCCAACCGGCUGCGGAAAAUCCAAACUCUCCGUCGACUUAGCCUCAAGAUUCUUCCCUUCAUCCGAAAUCAUUAACUCAGACAAAAUCCAAGUCUACCGUGGCCUCGACAUCACCACCAACAAAAUCUCAUUACCCGAACGCAAGAACGUCCGCCACCAUCUCCUCGGCGAUUUUGAUUCAUCCGAUUCACACCCCGAGUUCACCCCCUCCGACUUCCGCUCUUCUGCUUCCUCCGUCAUUUCUCAGAUUCUUUCCCGCCGCAGGCUGCCCUUCAUUGUCGGCGGCUCAAACUCCUUCAUCUAUGCUUUGUUGGCCAAGAAAUUCAAUCCAGAGCUGGACGUGUUCAGCGAGUCAAACGCGGGGGAAGAUUCCGUCUUUUGCAAAGAGCUCCGCUACAGCUGCUGUUUUCUCUGGGUGGACGUCUCUCUACCAGUGUUAAACCAGUACUUAGUCAAGCGAGUUGAUGACAUGCUUGAAUCGGGGAUGUUGGAGGAGUUAGCCGAGUAUUUCGAAAAUGGGGGGUCGGAUUCAGUGAGUAAAUGCGGGUUGAAGAAGGCGAUCGGGGUGCCAGAGUUGGAAAGAUAUUUUCAGACGUAUAAUAAGAACAACGGAAAGGAAUGGAGGAUGGAUGAUGAUGAUGAUGAAGAUGAAGAAAAGAGGGUGGCGUACGAGGAGGCAGUAAGGGCCAUCAAGGACAACACGUGUCAGCUGGCGAAGAGGCAACUGGGCAAGAUCCUACGGCUGAGGGACGGGGCGGGGUGGGACCUGAAGAGGGUUGAUUCAACGGCGUCGUUGAGGGCGGCGAUGGAGGGUGGGGGGAGGAGGAUGGCGGAUAUUUGGGAAAGACAGGUGGUGGAACCAAGCGUGAAGAUUGUGAAGCAGUUCUUGAUGGAGUAGGUUUUCCAGCUAUUUCCAGCUCCUCUCCUCAACAAUCAACAUUCCCCCUCCAACAUCUCUCUCUCUCUCUCUCUCUUGCUUGUUAGAGUAAUAUUUUCCUCUUUUUUCGGGGGGUUAAUUUAAUUUUCUGUUUUCUUCGUGUAAAAGUUUACACAAUUGUCUUUGAGGGUGGGUGCGGGGCUCGGCGGCCAUUUUUGGGGAAUUAGACAGCCUCCCACAUCAAAAUCCACGAACUAAUUUCCCUUUUUCCAUCCCGUUCUGCUAACUAUAAAUACAAGAACAAAGUCAAGAAAAAUUUUCUUAUUGCUUUUUUCGUUUUUUGAGCUUAACCUCUUUGUAAUUUGGCGAGAGAUCAUAAAAAUUUUGGAGCGUGGAAACGGGAGAAU